AUGAAGUCUAUCAUCGCCCUCCUCGCCCUCACCUGCGCCGCCUCGGCCGCCAGUCUAUCGAACCCGGUCUUUGAGCGCGCCGCCGCAGCUAUCUGUAACGCUGGUAGAGGCGACUCCUGCCCGCAGCCAAACCAACGCGCUUGCGAGAACAAUGGGGGUCACUCUAUGGUCUGCGUCGAAAAGUCGCGCGGGAAAUACAACUGGAUCUACGCGGACAACUGUCCUAGCUCGGGCCAGCACUGCGACUGUGCGGACGGAUUCUGCAAGCCCAACUAA